AUCAUCCAGGCGGGAACAAAAGUAUUGCUGCAGUGUUUGUAUUUUUGUGAGUAAACUUCUGAUAGUGUAACAUGGUGGAAGGUCCGGGCUGUACGUUGAAUGGGGAGAAGAUUCGGGCUCGGGUCCCACCGGGUCAGAGUGUUGUGGAGCUGCGAGGGAGCGCAGUGAAUGGGAAGAAAACGCAGAACAGUGAUCCUCGAGCUUCUGGUUGUACUUUACUAUCACUUGUUGGAAGCAUUUUUGCAGGCGUGGAAACCUUGGGAAAGGAGCUGUUUUUAUAUUUUGGAAUGAAGGCAUUAAGGGUACACUUUGGAAUGAAUGGGUCAAUGCGGAUCAAUCCAAUUGACAAAAAGGACAAAAGUGCACUUCCAGCAGUUUUAGAAAUUCAGCUUGUGAAGGAUUCGAUUUGUUUCUAUGACUCAACAGUAGAUAUUAGGAAUGCAUCAGAAAGUAAAGAGCGGAUUAGUUUAUUUGAGACUUUGGAUGUCUGUUCUUCAAAGUUUAGUUUCUCAAGAGCAGAAAUGGAAGUUAAAAAUCAGAGAAGCCGCAUACUUUGUGACGUUCUUCUUGAUCAAGCAGUUCUGCCUGGAGUUGGAAAUAUUAUUAAAAAUGAAGCUCUUUUUGAUAGUGGUUUGAAUCCUGGGAUACAGGUUGGACUUCUUUCUGAUGCACAAGUGUCUCACUUAGUAAAAAUGACCCGUGACUUCACCCUUCUCUUUUAUAAGUGUCGAAAAUCUGGUUCAGCGCUUUACAAACACUACAAAGUAUACAAAAAACCUACCUGUGGUCAGUGUGGCACAAAGAUCACAGUAUGUCGUUUGGGAGAGCACAAUAGGAUGACUUAUUUUUGUCCUCAUUGUCAAAGGGAUAAUCCUCAUGAUGUGGAUAUAAGUAAACUUCCAACCCGAAACAGUCUUAUUGGAUGGGUACAAACAAGAGAGUCACUUUCAAAUGAACAUGUGUCUAAAAGAGAUGAAGUAUAUUGGACAUGUAAUAUCUGUACACUCAUAAAUAAGCCUUCUGAUAAGCAAUGUGAUGCGUGUCUAACUGCAAGACCAGAUGCUUCGUCAUCUGCAGAAAGGGAAGAUAUGAAUGACCUCAACCCUGAACUUAUUAAAUAUCCAUGUAAUCAUUUUAGAAAACCAGUGUCUGAAUUGAAGAUCAAUAGAUCAACAGUGUUUGGGAAUACAACUCUGGUUCUGACUGAUUUUAGUGCAAAAGAUACUUUCCGUGAUGUGUGCAGUGGACAACCAAAAUCCAUUAUUUCAGUGAAUAAUAAAUACAAUAACAAAAUCAAUUUAGGCAAUAAGAGAAGAAACAGUGAACAUGAGCAAAUGACAAAUGGUAUUAAUGCAACAAAUGGGGUUUCACCUGCUUCUAAUUGGAGUUCCAGUAAUCAUCCUCAGAAAAAGAUGAAGACUGAACACAUAACAGCACAAAACACAAGUGUGAUGAACUCCCCCUUGAGUUCGUCUAAUGAUAACAAGGUUGGAGUUGCAUCUACUUCAGAUAUGAACAAUCCUCUCUGCACCAAACACAAACGUGCAUGUACACUACAGGUUGUGAAGAAGGAUGGAGAAAACAAAGGGAGACAGUUUUAUGUUUGCUCUCUACCCAGAGAAAGUCGUUGCGAGUUUUUUGAAUGGGCUGACUUACAUUUUCCAUUCUGCAACCAUGGAAAGCGUUCUAUUGAAAGGACGGUUUUAAAGAUUGGACCAAAUAAUGGAAGAAAAUUUUAUGUUUGUCCUUUAGGUAAAGAUAAACAAUGUAAUUUCUUUGAAUGGGCAUAGUUCUGUCAUAGGUAGGUAGAAAACUAAUGAAAAUGACUGAUAUUGUAAAAAUAAAUUACUUUAAAAAUAUAUUUCCUGUAUAAAUAUGAGCAGUUCAGUAUCUAAAUAGAUGUCAGUUACUCCGUAACAGUGUUUUGAUUAUAAGAGGCUUAUAAAAGUUGAAAUGAAACUUCCACAAUUCAGAUAAAGUAUGUUAUUUAAGACACUUUUAUAUUAAUUUCUAUUUUCAUAUUUACAUUGUGUUCUUGUCAUUCUUUGUUGGAAAGGAACAUGUACAUAUCCUACACUACUGUGAGUUAACUGGUGAUUACAAAUUCUCAGUGGCUCACCAGAAGUUUUCAGGUAGCUGCCAGGAGUAUAUUACUGCUCUGGAACUCUAUGUAUUUAAUCCCUUUGUUUUGAUAGGUUAAAGAGACGGUAAAGUAAAAAUUAAACUCAAACUUAUUGGAUAAACGUUGACAUGUUCAACAAUUCUCCAAUUCACUCCUAUUAUCAAUUGUGCUUAGUUCUCUUGGAAAUUUUUGUUAAAGAGUAAUCCUGGGAGUAAGUAGAAUAAUCCAUCUGGCAGCAGUGUAUGCAACAAUGUUUAUAGCAAUGUUAUACAUAGCUGCAAACACUACUUCCGUGUACUGCUAGACACAAGCAUGCUUCUAAUCUACUAUAAACCUACCUAGGUUUACUCUUUAACAAAGCAAAUUUGAUAAUAGAAGUAAAUUGGAAAGUUGUUUAAAAUUGCAUGCUCUAUCUGAAUCAUGAAAGAAUGAAUUUGGGUUUAGUAUACCUUUUUAAGUCGGGAUCUUUCUUUCUCUAUAUAUUUUUUAAACCUGUUGCUAGAAUAUCAUGUUUUAUUCACUUUAGCACUGGCUGGACAUUACUUAUUCAGAUUGUUUAUUUUGCAUGUAUACUGCUUGGACAAUUUUGCUAUAUUGCAUUUUUCUAUGUAUUCAGUUAUCUUUCAACAUUUAUUUUAAAAAAUAAGAAAAUCAGCUUUGUGUAUGAAGGCUAAAUGCAUAUAGGCUGUUUGGAUGCACACAUUGUGAAAUAAUCAAUGCUUGUAUGCCUUUUGAGCAUGUUGUUGUUGGUUGUUUGUUUUAUCUUUCAUAUAUAAAUAAAACUUGUAUACGAA